AUGGCUUUGGACUUUUCACAGUAUGGCGGCCCAUCUGAAGAAUGGCUUGCCCUGGAGAAGACACUACCUCAACUCAACUUCGACACCUCAGCAGACCCCGCUAAGCUCCAGAAGUUUGUCAAUGCUGAAAGAGAAGGGAAAGCUGCCGAAGCAAUGCAGCACUUCGCGCCACACGUAACGAUCAAAGACUAUUCGAUACCCACCCGGGACGGCUCAAAGAUCGAGGCGCGCUCCUACCGGCCCGUGGAUAAGGAUGCAUCCGAGAAACUCCCUGUAUACAUAUACUUUCACGGGGGAGGCUUCAUCUUUGGUUCUAUUAAGAGCGAGGAUCCAACAUGCGCGCAGACUGCCAUCAAAACCGGCUGUGUGGUGCUAAACGUCAACUACCGACACGCACCCGACCAUGUAUUCCCCACAGCCUGGCUCGACUCCCAAGACGCUUUUGCCUGGCUCCACAAGAACAUUGACGAGGUUGGAGGCGAUCCAUCGAGGGUCAUUGUCGGUGGCGUCUCAGCAGGCGGAACACUAUCAUCCUCUCUCGCGAUAGAGCAGCAUCUCGGGAAAAGCGAUGUCACCAAAGACCUCCCGAAGUUGAUCGGCCAAGUCCUCAUCAUCCCCUGUCUCUCAUCACCCUACACAUACGAUGAAGGCCCCGGCAAGAAGCUCAAGGUGCCUUCGUACGUCGAGAACGCCAACGCGCCCCUUCUCAGCGCAAACGUCGCCAAUUUCUUCGCAGGCCUCUUGCAAACAGGAAAGCCUGAUUUAAAGUGCACGAAGCUCAACGUGGGAAAUGCGACGGAAGACGAGGUCAAGGGGAUGCCGCCGAGCGUCUUUGGUAUUGCUGGUUUGGAUCCCCUUCGUGACGAGGCGUUGCUGUAUGCCAAGACGCUUUCAGAGGCGAAUGUGCCUACUGAUAUCACGCUUUUCAAGGGCGUACCGCAUGGCCAUAGGCGGUUUGGAAAUGCUCUCAAGGCUUCUGAGCAUUGGGAUCAGUGUGUCAACAAUGGUAUCCUGUGGAUCUUGUCGAAGCCAGAGGCCACUGGCAAGUUCAACGUCAAGGUACCAUAG